AUGGAUACUGCUGGAGAGGUUUAUGUUAGAGGUAUAAACAUAGAAGCUCUUUUCUUCCAAUUCAGCUUGCUCUCAGAUCAAGCCUUGCAGGACAAAAACUUCGAUCCCUCAACGAUCGAGGACCUGAUGAAGCUGUUUGAGAUAGAUGCAUACAAGUCACGGGCAGCAACGGAGCUUGAGCAGGAAAAGGAAGUGAAAGAAGCAGAAAUAGCUAUGCAAAAAGCUGAUGACUAUUUUGAUUCUGUGAUGGAAAGUGCCAUGGAUGAAUUUCGUCGAUUCGAAAGGAUGGCAAAGGCAGAGCUUGAAAGCUUAGAACAGACUGCUGAGAGUGCAAGAAAAAUGGGAAAAUUAAUGGAAAAAACAGCAAAUAUUGCUUCCAAGAAGUAUAUUGAAUCUGCUGUUAAUUCUGCUACUGCUUCCAUGAAAUCUGCCUGGAAGGGACUGUCCUCUAACAAGGUUGCCUUGACCUGUGUGGCUGUGGCUGCGGCUGCUCAUGAGCAAUAG